AUGUACAGCAUCAUGAUGGAAACGGACUUACAUUCCCCCGUGGUGCCCCAGACCAACCCAUCCAACCCGGGGGCACACGCGGGAGGAGGAGGAGGAGGCGUCGGCAAAAUCCCCCAGGAGAGGAUCAAGAGACCCAUGAACGCCUUCAUGGUCUGGUCCCGGGGCCAGAGGCGGAAAAUGGCACAGGAGAAUCCCAAAAUGCACAACUCUGAGAUCAGCAAGAGGCUGGGAGCAGAGUGGAAGGUGAUGACCGAGGCAGAGAAGAGACCGUUCAUCGACGAGGCGAAGCGGCUCCGGGCCAUGCACAUGAAGGAACACCCGGACUACAAGUACCGGCCAAGGAGGAAGACCAAGACGCUGCUCAAAAAGGACAAGUACUCGCUGGCCGGCGGGCUCCUCGGCUCGUCUGCGGGUGUAGGGAUGGGCGGCGGGCAGCGACUGGAGAGUCCCGGAGGGGGCCACGCAGGUCCGAACGCGGGCUACGCCACGCACGUGAAUGGCUGGGCAAACGGCACCUACUCGGGCCAGGUGGCAGCUGCUGCGGCGGCGGCGCACGCCAUGAUGCAGGAGGCUCAGCUGGCAUACACGCAACACCCGGGCACAGGGGCUCACCCGCACCACCCGCAUCCGCACCAUCACCCGCAUCACCACCCGCACAACCCGCAGCCGGUGCACAGGUACGACAUGAGCGCCUUAUCUUACAGCCCCAUCUCAAACUCUCAGAGCUACAUGAGCGCCUCCCCGCCGGGCUACGGCGGGAUCACCGGCUACACUCACCAACACCAAAGCUCCGGUGUCUCCCCUGUGUCUGGAACGCUCGGAGGGACUUUGGGGUCCCUUGUGAAAUCUGAGCCUAGCGUGAGCCCCCCGGUCUCAACGGCGCGCGCGCCGCCGCCGUGCCCUACGGGGGACCUGCGGGACAUGAUCAGCAUGUAUUUGCCGACCGGCGAGGCAGCGGGGGACUCCUCCGUUCAGAGCAGACUGCAUGUGCUCCACCCGCAGCACUACCAGAGCAGCGGCUCCACUCCGGUAAACGGGACGGUUCCUCUGACUCAUAUUUAA